AUGGGGACUCACGAGACGAUCCACUCGGGCCAUUUCAUGACCUCCAAUCCGCAUACGGACCCAACCCCAGAUGAAGAAGAUGAUAAUGAGGUGGACGUCGAGGCCCUUGAUGUUGACGAUGAUAAACCAAUCGACAGUCGCUAUAAGAAAAUCAGUUCGUUCGCAGACAAGCCAGUUACUUUCUACAAAUUUGGCCCUCGGAAAACCCAAUCGAUUGCCAUUGAUGUGUCCCUAAACAAACUAAACAAAUGUAUCAAGGUGGCCUACAAUAAAAUGACGACCCCAAAAUGGAAAGAUUUCAAAGGGCUGCGGUUACAUUGGAAGCAACGCAUCCGCUUAAACAACGUCAUUUGGAGAGCCUACCAUAUGGAAUUUGUCAAAAACUCAGCCGAUGGAAAACCGGGAAAGAAGCAAAAUAAACAAAAAUACUGUUAUUUUUCUGUCCCAGAAGAUGACUCUACACAUGCAAAAGUUGAAGUGGGUACCCUAAUCGAAGGAAUGUAUUGGAAACGACGGAUGGAGGCUGUUUGCGCACAGUACAAACGAUGGCGCUUUUUCUUCCAAAAAAGGAAGCCUGGCCAGCAGCAAAGACGCAAGAGGACGGCAGCUGAAGCGCCCGGGGUUCCGCAGCCCGCCAUCAAAAAAUCGCCUCCGGUGCAACGGUCUUUGACUCCAAAACCAAACAGCAUCAGCGAGUGGGAUGCCGACGAGUUUGAAAAUAUCUUCACGGAUGAGCUGUUUGCCACGCUGAAUCAGCCAUAUAUCUUCCCAAAUCCCCGUGAAAUGAUGCAAGGCGGUCUAGCAGACAUCAUGCAACCCGGGCUGCUGUCUCUGCAGCCGAGCAUUGAGGAGAUUAUGAAUACCGACGGGUGUGAAUUGCUGGGCCCUUUGAAUCCGACUGGAGGUAGCGCACCCCCAAGUGCAAUGGGCAACGAUGGGAUGAUGAUGGAUCAAAUCCACCAAGGCCAUAUGCAAUUCAACCAGUUCCUCCCGCCUCAGCUCCCAAUGGAUCGGCAACUCUCGACCCCUGCUGACUAUUCAACCAAAGAUUACGCGGCGGCCUCGAUGUUGGUCGAUUACAGUAAUCAAAAUGUGCCCAGCCAACCGACCCGAAUGUCUUCACAAAUUAAUUCCCCGAUGAUGUCCGCCGGCCAGCCCCAAUAUUCGCAGGCUCAAUACACAACCAUGCCCUGGAAUCCUGUGCCCUCAUGUUCUGCGAAUGGUUUUUUGGUUACUGGAGGUGACGUCGCCCAAGUAGAUUAUUCUUCACCAUUCGCCGGUCAUGCUGGUCCUUCCCGCCUAAACCAGCCUGGUCCAGCACCAUCCCAAUCAAUGGGCGGUAUGCCCUGGUCGCGUCAAACCCCAUCGGCUCCUGGCUGGUUAGAGCCCCAACUACCAUCACCAAUACCACUUCAGACCCCUCCACCCUCCAUGACAUCUUCAUCCGUUCUAUCCCCGCUUCAAUCAAUGCCCCCACCGCAUAUGCCGAUGCAAAGUGGACUUAGACCUCUUCGUGGCCCUGCCCUUCAACCACCUCCAGCUUCAAGAAUGUCUGUCCCUCAACAUCACCAACAUCAACAAAUGAAGAGGAAUCGAAUGGACCUUGCUGAGCCCGAACCUUCUAAACCAUCGCUUCUUGUUUCUCCAAUCACCCAGCAACAACAAUGCUUACCACGGCCACCCAUGCACAAACAAGAAAUUCCGACUUCACCUUACGGAAUUCCGAAGCAGGAACCUGAUUGGCAUCCAACCAUGCCACAGUCACCUCAAGGAAAAGUGGAUUGGCAGCAGCUGAUGGAUGCACCGGAUUCGGCGGAACAAGAUGAUGGGCUUGACAUGCAAGACUCUAAAUAUGAAAUGACGAUUGCCACAGAGUUGGAGAAAAACAAAAUGAAGGAGCCACCAACAGCAAAUUUGGCCCCGACCGAGCGCAAACGUUUGCUCCAUCUCCAUGCAGAACAGAGCAGACGAUGUGCUUUGAAAGACGGAUUUGACCAGCUAGCUGACCUGAUUCCCGAUCUCUAUGCGCCUGGCAACAAGCCAACAAAUGCCGUGAUCCUAGCGAAAGCUGCAGACUAUAUCCGCUAUCUCCAAAAGAACACCCGCCAAGUUCAGGCCAAGAAGGCGACAGUAGCCGCGAAAGCUGAUGCGCUCAAUAAUAAAAUCACAGUCCUCCAAUCAAGCCUUCCCACGCCGAAUUCGGUUCCGACAAAUUCUGGAAGCGCAUUGGCACCACAGUUAAUGCAAUUUGUGAACCGCUAUAGCCGAGAAAGGAGCCGUGAAAAUUGGGAUUUUGCCUUGAUGGUAAAAAUGUUGGAACCCAUGCUCCAGUCCCUGGCUUCGUAUUUACAUCCGGAUCCUCAGAACCUUAAUGAGGUCUCACGCUCGGCCGCAAUUUGGUUUCACGAGGAGUGGAAGGUGCAAAAGUUGCGCCAACUCCUAACGAGAUUCUUGGUCGAAAUGAGCGGCAAGACAUCGCAUUCAGCCGAUUCAACCGCCCUCCGUGCAUAUGCUCUUGACCUAUCCCGU